AUGCCUGGAUUACUUCAGCGGACUGUUAGUAGAAAUAUCGUCAUUAAGGCACCAAUGGUGAGGGCUAAGAAGGAAGUGAAGAGCAUGAUUGUGAAAACUUACUUUAGAGGACAUCUAAACAACAAUAAACAGACUAUCGGUAGAAAUAUGUACAUUAAAACCACUGCUUGUGAAGAAAGCACUAACAACUUGUUUUUCUUCAUUUCCAGUCCCCUAGGUUUGUCAUUUGGAAGCUGCUCCAGCGAUGGCGUGCGCCUGCCAGGACCGCGGACAAACGGCGGCGGCGAGCCCGCAGCAUGCGGGCGGGGCCGGGAGGCAGUGGGCGGGGCCGGGAGGCGGUGCCCGGUGAGGGUCCCCGACCGCGGGACCACGCCCCCUGACACCUCGCGGCUCUAUUUUGGUUUCAAUUUAAAAAUCCUCAUCCUUCUCCCGGUCUACGCCCUGCCCCUUCCCUUUCUCUUUACUCCACGGAAAAAAUCAGACCCCAGCCCUGCCGUCGCUAGUGCCGGAGGCGGGCAAGCUGGGCUGAGUGGGGCCCGGGCGGGCAGGGAGCGAGGUCCCUUGACCUCCACCCCGUGCAGCAUACUCAGGUGGUUCACGAAGUUUCGGAGAACACAGGAGGUGUCCAUCUCCGACGCUUGGUGGUGCUCGGUCCCUCUGGAUCUGAAGUCUGGGGCCCAUGCCCAUGAGAGGGAGACUGUGCUAGGGGAGACCUUUCCACCCCUACAGAAGCGCUCUCUGGAAAACCCUUCCCCUCGUCUUCUGGCCAGAAGGGGCUGCCUCUGCACAGCUCUGGGGACCCCGGCCAGGCUGACUCGCAGCUGCACCCACAGCGUAUGUAAGUUCCCAGGAGAGGACCCAGCGUUAUCCCUGUGAGGAUGUGGAUUCCAUCCCUGUUCUAGCCCAGUGGAUUGGGGACCUAGCAUCCCCAUGGCUGUGGUGUAAGGCUGCAGCUGUAGCAUCACUUUGACCUCUGUCUCAGGAACUUCCAGAUGCCACAUGUGCAGAUGUGAAAAAAAAAAGUAUUAAACUGUAAGAGGAAACACUCUUAGGGACACGUAUAAAAAUAUAUAAAAUGUGUAUAUGCAUAUUAUCUGUGAAAACAUACCUUUUUUCUA